UUCAUCCCAGAUUUCUUAUUUGGAGGCAAUUUCAGGCUGCCAGAUCCGCGAACCAACGGCGAAGCUACCCGGUUAAAUCACAAAUGUUCCGGCAACAGAUGUCUAAUGAUGAGGAGAACCCACAAGUUGGCAAAACUUCAAAUGGUUCACAAGCUUCAUCUCUGACCAAUCAAAUCCAAGUGACCUGGUAUAAUGCCUUACUUCAGCAAGCUUCCAUCUAUGGUGUAGCUGCCGGGUAUUGCCUCUCAGCUUCUUUGCUCUCCAUUAUCAACAAAUGGGCUGUCAUGAAAUUUCCUUAUCCAGGGGCACUAACUGCUUUACAGUACUUCACAAGUGCAGCCGGUGUCGUCCUUUGUGGGCACUUCAAGUUCAUAGAGCAUGAUGCACUUGACCUUUUGACCAUGUGGCGGUUUCUACCAGCAGCCAUUAUAUUUUACCUCUCACUUUUCACUAACAGUGAGCUCCUCCUCCAUGCCAAUGUUGACACUUUUAUCGUCUUUCGUUCAGCCGUUCCCAUCUUUGUAGCAGUAGGAGAGACCCUCUUUUUGCACCAACCAUGGCCAGCGAUCAAGACAUGGAUCUCACUUGCUACCAUCUUUGGAGGAAGUGUGAUUUAUGUUCUAACAGAUUACCAGUUCACUGUCAUGGCAUAUAGCUGGGCUUUAGCUUACUUGGUAAGCAUGUCGAUAGACUUUGUUUACAUAAAGCAUGUGGUAAUGACAAUUGGUUUGAAUACAUGGGGUCUUGUUCUGUACAAUAAUCUUGAGGCUCUCCUACUGUUUCCUUUGGAGCUACUUAUUAUGGGGGAGUUGAAAAAAAUAAAGCAUGAAAUCUCGGAUGAGUCAGAUUGGCACUCUUUUGAGGUGGUUUUGCCUGUGGGGUUAUCAUGUUUGUUUGGUUUGGCAAUAUCUUUCUUCGGGUUUUCUUGUCGAAGGGCAAUUUCUGCAACAGGCUUUACAGUUCUCGGUAUAGUGAAUAAGUUGUUGACUGUUGUGAUUAAUUUGGUUAUUUGGGAUAAACAUUCAACAUGGGUGGGAACAGUUGGACUUUUGAUUUGUAUGCUAGGUGGUGUUAUGUAUCAGCAAUCUACUAGCAAUAAACCCAAGGCUGUGACAGAAACUAAGGCACAAGAGAGUGAAGAGGAACAACAGAAGCUACUUGAAAUGCAGAACACAGAAAGCAACAAUAUCGAGAAGAAAGUAAAAGAGUCAGAAGAAGAUAAAUGAGAGAGCUUCUAUAGAAGGCAACAUUAUUUGAUGCUUUGCCAUUGUGUUUUUGAAGCCAUUCCUGGGUCCAGAGUUGUUAUUAGUAUGUUCUUGGAAUGGCGGCAAUUUUUAUCCAAGCAACUAUCUGCGCAUGAGCAGAAUACUUCCUUACCAAAGAGAAAGGUUCAGAGGUGGUUCACAUAUGGCAAAUUGGUGAUAAUAUCCCCUGGAUCAAGAAUACUGCAAUUUGUAUUACAUUCAUAGUUGAUUUUUGAUUUUUACAUCCAAGCAGAACCAGGUUGGGAUGUUUUGUUCUUUUGUUUGUGUUACUGUAACACUUAAUUCGUUCAAACAGUCUUAGUAGAGUGCA